AUGGAGUCUCUGGAGCACCUCCCCCAGGAGGCGGUACCACCCACGCGGGACAACCCCUACGGAGGUCAAGAGGCCAGGAACAUGGCAUACGCACGAACGAGAAGCUCGCAAGGGCAAGGGGGGCACGCGUUCCUGAGAGCGGCUCCCACCGACCGAGCUCGAGAGAUUCCAUCGAACGAAUUCGUCUACGCGACGAGACGCGCCUUGGGAGUUGAAGAAUUCUUGGCGGAAAGAUGUCCCAGGUGCCACAGAGGCAGGGAAGGCGAGAUCAUCACAACGGUGCACGCAAGGACCUGUCGAAGGGAUGGAGCACAGGUCAACAUGCACGAGCCGUUAAAAUACGCACUAUCGAGAGCACUCAACGGCCUUCGCGUCAAACACGACGUUGAAAGCGGGGCACCGUUCACGGGGGAAAGAAACCUGAGCAUGGACAUCGUCAUCAGGCCAGGAGCCCUCACGAACGCAUCUUCUCCGGGGUACCGCAACAAAGGAAUACUCCUCGAUGUCACACACGCAGACCCGCAAGCACAGGUACACUUGCGGAACGGCAGCGCGACCAGCGAUGGAAUCGCAGCCCAAGCAUCCGAGGCGCGAAAGCGUCAGCACUACGCUCGUCCGGGACACGUGUCCUUUGACGAACGCAGCUUUAAACUUACCACCUUAGCCGUGGAAAGCUUUGGCCGCCUUGGAGAGGAGGGUUACGAGUUCAUCGAUGAACUUGCGACACAUGCCGUGGGAGGAAGGGACGGAGGAACGAUGGCUCUGAAAGGAGUCUUCAAGGAACGACUUCUUCAGAUCGUUUCGGUGGCUACACAGGUGGCCAUAUCUCGGCGAGUGCAGAGGUACAAGCUCGCAUUGCGCGGGCGUCAAGACGCCGAAAACAGGCGAACAAGAUCGACCUCGGACCAGUCAACGCCAAUGAUAUGGGGAUGGAGUGUAGACGCAUCGUAGAACGCGUUUUCGUUUGAAGUUGGCGUCUUGUUUGAGAGUAGAUGUGACAGAUUUGCGUAGAAUAGGGUAAGAUGUUAUCAUGAACGGAGAUGAAAGGGCUUUUCCAACACGGAGAUGUAGCAUGGAUCAAAGAAUUUGUUGGAUUUCAGCUUUUACAAGCGGACAUCAACGCAGUAGUAUUUUAGCAAGCUUACGAACGCAUAUAGGAUACCAUCAGGAUU